GCCACAGAGGAUUUUAUUCUUUGAGCACACCCUGAACAGUCAGUUAUCAUCAUCUCAAAGAGAAACAUGCACGUACAAUGUGGUCGUUAAAUGUGUGGUUGAGAUUUUGAUCUGUGAAAAAUGAGUUGGAUGCUCUCCAUCUGGGUGGCUGCAGCCCUGCUGGCUCUCUGUAGAGGAGAAAACACUGUGCAUGAAGGGAACAGCCUCUCUCCAUCUGGCUACCAUCUAUGUAUUCGCAAUGAGACAAGGACUCUGAGUUUCCAGGGGGUGCAUAAGGUCCCCUACACCGUGACAAAGCCUUGCGGCUGGCUUCUCUGGACGACAUGUACAGUCACACUGUACAGGAUUGAAUAUCAGACUGAGUACAAGACAGUGAUGGAGGAGGUGACCAGAUGCUGCAAUGGCUACGUCCAAGUCGGUCAUUACUGUGCCCUGCCUGUAAACAGGAGUGGGGAGUACACUGCCAAGCCAGGAUCCUGUCCAACUGAAGAUGGAUUAUAUCCUGGAUCUAAGGACUGUGAGUGGGACAUGGACUGCCCAGGCUGGCAAAAAUGCUGCCAGAGUUCCAAUCGCUCUCUCUGCUGUGAUCCUGCAAGAUCAUCAUAUUACUCUGAGAAUGGAGGGUACCGUUUUAAUGCCACAGUGACGGUGAAGGCAGAUUACGAGCAGAUGAUGUCCGCGGACAAAGGACAUCUGAACCACACAAGACUGCUACAAGCAAUGGUGAUCGGAGCUCUAGAUUCUGAUGUUUCGGUUUAUUAUCUCAGCUCGUGGCCUGUGCACCCCUACAGAACCGCCACCUCACUGCUGAUUGACUGCAACUUUACUGUCUCACUGCAAAAUGUCACAUCAAAGCUGCAUCUCCUCCUCAAACACAUACAGGAGGUGUCAUCUGUAACCGUGGAAGAUGUGGAUGAGUGUGCACAGCCGGCUCUCCGUCAGUGCUCCCUUUUUGCAGAUUGCAAUAACACAGUGGGCUCCUAUUGUUGUGCCUGCCGACAAGGAUACGUUGAUGUUGACCCCAGACACCCUGGAGCUCAUUGUACAGCUGUGUCGACCACCACCGAACCCCCUCUUACCUACCUACCCCCCAUGAACACAACCUACACUCUGACUUCCAGCACCACACAGAACCUUCAGGGCAGCAGCACCAUGGAUUUAUUCAACUCCACUGGGACCAGCAUGACUACAGCUCUGAGCAAUACAAGCCAUGUCACUUAUAAUUCAUCACAUGUUCCCCAGUGGACUAGUUCUGCACUUUAUACCAGCAUGAGCUCAACUGUAGAGUCAACUCUGCCAACGACCACAUGCUCUCCUCCAAACAUCAUCACCUUAAGGUCAGCUAAUGUCACCGGGACCUCCUUCUGCGUCUACUGGCGUACCGAUAUUCAGAUGACCCAGACUUACCUGGUUGUUGUAAGCAAUGUGACGUCAGUGGUCACGUCUUCGGAAACCAAUCAGACCAUGCUGGAAGUGACGGGCCUGCAGCCUGGGGUGCUCCACAAUGUCACUGUCACACCUUGUGCCUGUGGGCGCCAAGGAACUGGCCUUCAGAUAUCAGUCAGGACUGAUGCUCAGACUCUUGAUGCCACAGCACGACUUGCCAACAUCAACUUCACUGCUGAUCUGCAGAACACCAGCAGCCAGCUCUACAAAAACCUCUCUGCGAGCUUUGUAGAGGAGAUCUACCAAUCUCUGUCUCCAGAGAUGAAGGCCUUGGUUGAUUCAGGCCAGGUGAGAAUUGAAAUCACAGGCUUCUCCCCGGGGAGUGUGGUGGUCAACUUCAUCAUCUUAGUUGCACCCAGUAAAAGCCAAGACAUCAGUAAUGUGUCUACAGCUCUGCUGGGCUCCCUGAAGAACAGCACCAAAUACACUGUGACCAACACAAGCGUAAAUGAUUCUGAUGAAUGUUCCUCGGGGGAAAAUGACUGUUCCCAUUCGGCUACAUGUACAAACACCUACACAUCCUACACUUGUGCUUGCAACGAUGGAUUUAUAGACAGCGACCCAGGAAGGCCUGGACGAGCCUGUCAAGCAAAUGCUACCCCAUCCACAACCAGUGAUCCAACUUCAAUCCCCGGAACCGCUUCUACUGAAAUGGUUUCCACUACAGUCCCAUCAACGACAACAAUUUCAGCUACUUCAGUCACGAAACCAAUGGCUUUAACCACUGUACAAGCUACCACCAUUCCUGUCCCAGCAUCCACCACUACUGCCCCUACAACAACCACCACUAUUGCCCCUACAACAACCACUUCCACAACAACCACUCCUACUAUUUCCCCAACCACCACCACAGCUCCUAUAACCACUGCUGUCACAACAACACCCACCACUGUCCCUACAUCUACAACUACCCCUACAACCACCACUACCCUAACAACCACUACUACUGCCACAACAACCACCACCACUAUCCCAACAACCACUACUACUGCCCCAACAACCACCCCAACAACCACUUCUACUGUCCCAACAAUCACCACCACUACCCCAACAACCACUUCUACUGUCCCAACAACCACCACCACCACCCCAACAACCACUUCUACUGAACCAACAACCACCACCACUGUCCCAACAACAACCAGUACUCCUACAACCACCACUAUUUCAACGACAUCCAUGACUUCUACCCCUACACCCGUUGUUACCAGCCCAACUAACACCAGUACUACAACUGCAACUGUCCAGAGAGCUGUCACCACUACCUCUAUGCCUCCGGGGGCCAUCUCACUCGAGUGCAGGAUUGCUGCAAUCACUGUGACUCUUACCAAGGAAUUUCUUCAGAGCAACAAAAUCAGGGAGAGUUCCCUGUAUCUGGGCUUGCCGGAAUGUGGCGUCAACGGAGGUAAUGCCACCCAUGCCCAGCUGACCGUUGCCUGGAAUGAGUGCGGCACUCAAAUCGUGAAAAAUGACACCUACUACACCGCAUCUGUAACGCUGUUCAACUCCAUGGAAUCGUACACCUCACCGAGUGGAACAGAGGAGAAACCCAAAAUACGUCUGACGGUUCCCGUCAUGUGUCAUCACAUGAAGGACUUGAUUCUCUCUACUGACUUCAACUCCAUGGGGUAUGACAUAAUAAAUAACAUGAUCAUAGGCACCGGGUCGUUCCAGGUGAUAGUGCGGCUGAUGAACGGGACGAUCCCUAUACCCCAAAACUACAGCUUGUCCCCUGACGAGGCUGUGGUGGUGGAAGUCAGCCUCAACACUUCCUCAGAACAGAUUAAAGUAGUUAUCAACAAAUGCUGGGCCACUCGCACCCAAAACCCUGCAGAGUCCAACAGCCACGUCUUCCUGGAGAACGGCUGUUCUCUCAACACAUACACCAACGUGUUGAUGAACGGGAACUCCAGCACAUCUCAAGUGUCUGUGAAGCUAUUCUCCUUCAUCAACCUGGACGUGCUCUAUCUGCACUGCCAGGUCCAGAUCUGUGCGCAGAUCGGCUCAGAAACCUGUGUGCCUGACUGUCUACAAAGAACAGCUCGGACUUCAAAGACAAUUGGAACGGCUUUCGGUUCUUUCGGGCCUAUUCUGAAGUCAGGUGGUGAAGUCCCCCCGGAGGAGGAAGAUAACACCCUUUACUUGAUCGGACUUUCCUGUCUUGGAAUCGGCCUGACGCUCUUCUUCAUCAUCGGAUUCGUGUGUCUUUUCUACUACCAGAGGAACCGCAUUGGACACUACAACUUCAGCGUCAAACCUAAGCAGGAGAACUUCACCUACCUUGUUUUUAACACUUAGAGGUGCAGCAAGCACCCACGAGAAUUGGAGAAGAUCAACAUUAUUUAGGCUGUUACUGUGCAGCUUCCACUGAGUGGCACUGUUGCGCCAUUCACCAUUUUAGUUCUCACCAAACAUUGCAAAUCUUUGCACAUUAAAGAAUAAAGUAGAGCUACAGAUUAUAUUUAUUUUUCACCUGCCACCUCGACAUAUAUUUAAGAUGUUAAAAUGAGUAGUUGCACACUGGGGUGUCAGAUAUAGAGGGUAAAAAUAUUUCAUGAAUAUGUAACAUUAAAUAAUAAUCAGUUACGACACGUUUAAAAAGUUGAAUGUUAUUGUCUUGAAAGUUUUAUGCUAUAGUUUGUCUUUAGCUGAGUCAUGAUAACUCUGGAGAUCAUAAUAUUUGGUACCCAGUGAGUAUGGAGGAUAUUUCACAACAUUGUUUACAUCAAACAUUCGUAAUGUGAUGAGUUUGCACUAAAGCUUCUAUUGCUUUGUUGAUCAUGCAGUGAAAUAUGCUUAAAAUACACACUUUGCAAUAAUGGUUAAGCACAGUAAACACUUUAUUUUCUUUUAGCUGCUAUUUUUCUACAAUUUGUAUUUGUACUGUUUGUUACUUAUCUGAAAUAUCCACUCUGUUCUCACCUGUACAAACUCUUUGUGCUGUAAGUGGUGUGACAAUAAAUAAGUCCUGUGUGA